AACCAAACGAAGGCUAUCUGGAUCCAAGCAAUACUGCUCAGUGCGGCCUGGUCUUUCGCUUUUGUCUCUAUUAAGAUGCCUGGUAUCAUAAUCAAGUUGAUGUUUGGAUUCUUUAACUGCUUUCAAGGAACCUUCUUCCUGGUAUUUUUCUUCCUCCUGAAUGAUGAGGUUAGGGCCAUUCAUCACAAGAGCCGAAAGUAUCUGCUCGAGUUCGGAGGCAACCACGAGGAGGACGAGGAUGGAGAGGAGACGCACGAAGAAGUCGCCUGGGAUGGCUCGUGCUUAACGCCGACACCUCAUCCUAUCUUAUCAGCCUCGGAAUCGGGCACCGGACAACAAGAGUCUAGCACCAGUGAGACUGGAAAGCAGCAAUUUCUCAGUCCAGUAUCGGCGGGACACAGACGCUCAUCCAUAAUGAACAAUCCUUUCACAAGAGCCUGGAUCAUGCGGAAGAGUUUGAGCCAUGCAAAUAAUCCGCUAGCCUCGGGUGAGGCAGCAGGCGGGUUUUCACUGGCUGCGAUGAAAAAUCAGGAAGCGCAUAAAAGUCCCUCGACCGCCACCAAUGCAGCUGCAUGUGGUCCCGUCGGUAGUCUUGGAGGGACGCUAGAUUCUGGAGCCAAGUCAGCUAAGCCAACCCUGAUUCAUAAGAACAAAUUGUACGACAUUUUUGCCGGAUCAGACAAGAGCAUGGCCACUAAGACGGUUGGACGGAUGGAGGAGGAUCAACACAAGAGUGUCACCGAGGAAUUUCAGGUGGCCCAAUCACCCAGUUUCCUGCAGUUGACGAGGAAGGCAUUGGAAGGAGAUAACGAUGAGUAUGUAGAAGAUGCCGAGGCUCCGGUCGAAGAGGAUGAGAGACACGAUAACGGGGAAGACGCAGAGGCAGAGGAAGAGGAUGAAGGUGAACAGACUUAUCGACAGGCCUACUCGGAGGAUUCUCGGCUCGCAGGUCGGAAGGGGCGGGAAUUGGUUAAAGAGGGCCAAUUUCUUCGGGAAGCAAAGCCAUUCUUGGAAAACACUCCCAACCGAUCAAGGCAUGUAAAGAAGGGUAAGCCAGGAUGGCCAAAAGUUAGGUUGAAUUGA